AUGUUGCUUGUUAUUUGGUUCGCGGUCAUAUUGGCCGCUGCGGCGCUCUAUUUCCAUCAAUUGCACACCAGGUUCAGCAGAUAUGGAGUCAAGCAGUUCAAGCCAAUACCAAUUGUUGAUAAUAUGGCUCGCAUUAUGCUACGUAUGAGACAUAUAACUGAUGACACACAAAAGCUUUACAAUGCCUUUCCUGAAGAGAGGUUCGUAGGAAGAUUUGAAUUUCUGAAUCCUGUGGUCAUGAUUAAAGACAUUGAAUUGAUAAAGAAGAUAACGGUGAAGGAUUUCGAACACUUUCUGGACCAUCGCUCUAUUGUUAACGAGAAUGUUGACCCUUUCUUUGGGCGGAAUCUGAUCUCAUUGAAAGUGUGGACUGACAACGACAUAGUGGCUCAGGCAGUGUUGUUCUUCAUUGCUGGUUUCGAUACUAUUUCUUCUGCUAUGUCGUUCGCGCUUCACGAAAUAGCUAUGCACCCUGAAGUCCAGCAGCGUCUGUAUGAAGAGAUCAAGGGACACCACGAAAAGAACCGCGGAUCUUUAAAUUACAAUUCAAUACAGAGUCUGAAGUAUUUGGACAUGGUUGUGUCAGAGGUGCUUCGGAUGUGGGCUCCGGGCGUUGCACUGGAUAGACUUUGCAUUAAAGACUAUAAUUUAGGAAAACCAAACAAACAAGCUACACAAGAUUACAUAGUAAGUAACAGAUAUAUUGUAAGACAAAUUAAAACAUAUAAGUAG